AUGCCUCGCAUUCUCAAACGCCUGGUCGAAGCUGUCCAAAAGGAAACUAGCGGCAACAAGUAUCUUCCUCUAGCGAAGAAACCAAAGCGACCCAAGUCUCUCUAUGACCCACAAGCCUAUAUCCUACCACGACCUUCACUGAACCCAGCGGAGUAUUCCAAGUCGAUCCUGCUUGGCGACUCUGAAACCAAUAUCAUUACGCGUUCAAAAGUCUAUUCUCCACACAAACGACUACCACCACGCGUAUUUGUGCCCAACAACCCAAAAGCUCGCGACGGGGAGAAAGAUGUCGCGCGAGCGAUGACAGAACAAGAAAGACGCUGGUGGUCAAAUCCAUAUCUGCGGAUGCUUUCCUCUCCUAUGCGACUGUGCAUAGAGACUGACCAGUAUCUGCCAGCAGACUUACUUGUGCGCCUUUCAUGGCUACGAUUGCCUUGCAUUGAAGGCAGUAAGCCUUCUGUCGCGUUGAUCCCAGACGGAAUCCAGCAUACCAAAUUCACUUCCCGGAAAUCAGGCAAAGCAACAUACGUGCUUUGCCUGAGAGAAGCCGUGGACAGGGCGGUAUCCUCUGGAAAGUACCGUCGACAUAUUAAAGAAGACAAUAUCAAGGUCAGCUCUCAGCUUUCCGACCAUGUCGCGCAUCUCCUACGACUUCGUGUUUUGCAAGAACUCGAACUUGUGGGCGACCAACUCAACUCAACUGCCCGGGGAGAAUCCCCCCUCGUUAGGCGCCUUACCCGCGAAGAAUUGGAUAGCAUAAAGUCCACUGGAGUAGUCCCUUUCAAGAACGCGGUGGCUAUCCUCGAGGUACCAGCGGGAGAAACGAAUCCUACCUUCAGCGUGGACUGGAGAGCUGGGAUGACCCCAUUACCUCCCCCGAUCGAAGAACGAACACCCAACGACAUGCCAUUGGCCCCAUUGUCAACUCUUAUGCUUGGUGCUUCUGAUUUUCGGGGUUCCUCUGACCAACUUUCACCUUCAUCGCAGCUUCUCCCGUCGACUCGCGUGCCUUUCUACAACGCCCUAACAGCCUUCCCGUUUUCAUCACAGAGGGUAGCUUUACGCGGACUUCUCGAGAGAGUAUUAACGCUGCAAACAAGACAACGGAAAGCGAGCGAUCUGCAGGCUUUCCCCAAGGAGAGCGGAUCGGAGACGACCCGACCCACAGAGGGCACCGAGACUAGUCACGCCUUCUUACUAUGUGCGGACUCGGAAAAUGUGAAAGAAGGUGAUAUGGCUUCUGUCGCGAUUGCCCUAUGGAGGUUGCGGAUGUUCGAAAGCGGUGGUUGGUCGAAUAACAAAUAUCGCUGGUCGUUGGGAACAAAUCGUGAUAUAUCUAGUUUACUCUAA